AUGGAGCCCGCGGACAACCGAUUCCGCGAUAUUGCGGGUUCUGCUGCUACACCGUUUCCUGAUCUAAUGAACGACCCGGCUUAUGACGAAAGGGAAAAGGGAUUUGACGACCUGGAUACUUGUCGGAUAUGUCAUGGGGAGGCAACGGAGGAGGAACCGCUGUUCUACCCGUGCAAAUGCAGCGGUAGUAUCAAAUUUGUCCACCAAAUAUGCCUGGUUGAAUGGCUGUCGCAUUCGCAGAAGAAACACUGUGAGCUCUGCAAAACGCCGUUUCGCUUUACUAAACUAUACGACCCGAACAUGCCCCAGAGCCUCCCAGCACCUUUAUUUCUAAAGCAAGCUUUAAUUCAGUGCUUCCGAACACUGGUGACGUGGCUAAGAUUUGUUCUUGUCGCGUUUGUCUGGCUUGGGUGGUUACCAUGGUCAAUGCGUGCGAUCUGGAGGGCACUGUUUUGGCUUGCUGAUGGUCGGUGGUCUGCUAGCGACAACGUUCGGACCCAGGCCGCAAAAAAUGCCCAGGAAGGGCUCGGGCAAUUGUUCGCAAAUGGCAGUGUCGCGAAUGCUGGUGUGGCUAACUCGGUAACUUCAACGAUUUCCAAUGCCGCUAUCUCUGCGACUGCUGUGCCAUCUGCACCAUCAUCGAUGCUGGAUUUUGCGACUCAUGAGCCGCUCAUGCUCACUUUGAUCAAGAAAGUGAUGCCUAAUCUGUUCAUGCCCGCAUUCACCUCGACUGUUGGUCAAGGCAACGUGCAAAACAACUCCACAAUUACUUCAACCAAACCUCGGUAUCCAUCAUGGCUCUCAGAUGUGAAAUUUUUGAACUCCCUGACACCGUAUCCAACAAUCAAUAAUAUGAUCAUGGAUACAUUGGAAGGGCAACUCAUCACCCUCCUUGUGGUCGUUGCGUUCAUACUACUCUUCUUAAUUCGUGAAUGGGUUGUUCAACAGCAGCCAAUGGCCAAUAUUGCAGAAGGGGAGCGUGAGGCUGCUCUUCAAUUGAUUGCCAAUGCCAAUAAUCGGAUCAACGAUCGAUUCAACGAAGAAGGUGGAUUUGGGCAACGAGAAGCCGCUCCUGCCCAGCCAGGAAACGAGCUCAACAACCCACGCGCUGAAGCCAAUGAGUUGGAUAAUGAGAUCCUCCCUCGUUUCGCUCCUCACUCUCCAGCUCCUUCCUCGAAUGGUUCUGACUACGAUCUUCCUGGAUACGAAGCGGAGCUCCGAGGAUUGGAUGAAAAUGACCCAGACUAUGAACCAGAAGGUCCUCCUCUCACAGCUCGUGCUCAGGCCUUCCGAGACCUAGUGGCCCGGACUCAUGGCAAUCACGAAGAAAUGCUGCGUAUACUCCGAGAAGAGGCUCAUGGGGAUGAUUUUGAUUGGAUUGUUAAUGCAAUCACUGGGGCGACCGUCAACCGAGAUGCAUCGGCAGGGCCCUCUUCUCGUCCAGGUGAUAACGAUAACCCAGAAAAUCUGGAUGGCUCUGAUGCUGUCAAUUCUGUGGAUGGAGGCACCAAUGACAUCUUGCUUGAUGCGCACGCCGGACCCUCUGUUCAAAGUCCGGUCAAUGAGUCACAGGCUAGAGAUAACGCCUCCCCUAUCGUUGAUAUACAACCGGAAGAAAGACCUCCGCAAGCCAUCGGGGAGCGGAUAAUUGACUGGUUUUGGGGAGACAUCACACCCAUAGAGCGCAAUGCAGAAGAGCCAGUUCUCGCGGACGAGGAGCAUAUUGUCCAGGACCCGGCUCUGGAAGAUCCAUUUGUGCCUCUGCCAAAUCGCAUGGAAGACAUCCAAGCAAAUGCUAACGCAAAUGCCGCCGCUGGUCGCGCUGGGCUAGACCCUAACGACGUGGAAGCAGUCGAAGGGGAUGACUUCGAAGGGAUUAUGGACCUCAUUGGCAUGCAAGGCCCCAUCUUCGGGCUCUUCCAGAACGGUGUCUUUUGUGCCCUUCUGAUUGCCUUUACGGUAGCUAUUGGGAUCUGGCUCCCUUACUUGUGGGGUAAAAUUGCCCUUGUUCUGCUGGCCAACCCUCUUGAACUUGUCAUUGGUGUUCCUAUUACGGCUGUCGAAGUGGUCGCAGAUAUCGCCCUUGAUACUCUGAUUGGUGUCGUGGGAUAUCUUAUGUACUGGUUCAGCUUUGUUUUCAAGAUCAUACUGAGUCCUUUCAGUGCUUUUAUUCCCAUUGCGGAAUGGAUUCCUCGGGACAAGUCUGUCACCAGUGCAUCGCUUUCCCUCAUCGACGCGAGCAGCCACCGCUUGAACAAAGUGAUAAAGGCGUUUUUGGUGUUCCAUGAAUCCGAUAUUCCUAUGUUUUCCGUGCUAUCACACCAGGCGCUUAAGCUACACCAGGCCCGCCUCAACGUCGUUUUCCACUGGGUCUUUGUCACCUUUAAGUUUAUAUUGCAUGACUUCCCACUUCGGAUUGUGACACUCGGUGUUCCAGGCGCUCUGUCAUUCGACCUAGAUUUCUCACAGGCCAAGAUUCUUACUAGCCAAAUACAGCAACAACUCACCAAUAUUGCCAAAUCGUCAGUCUUCUCCAUGCCAGGGACAAGAUUUAUGAAUGCAAGCGCGGCAAAAGCAGCCUCUGCCACAGUGCCAGUCGAUUACGAACUUGCCGUGUGGGAUUCCAAGGACCGAGUCAUUGCUAUCUUUAUGGGCUAUCUGCUUGCGUCCAUGAUCGGGCUUCUCUAUCUGCGAAUCACAGGGCUGCUAUCUGGUGCCAACCGGGGACAACGGAUCGAGGGAAUGCUUGCUGAGGUCUUAAUCCAAGCCGGAGGAGUGAUGAAGGUUAUUCUAAUCAUCGGGAUCGAGAUGAUCGUUUUCCCUUUGUACUGUGGUAGCCUUCUUGAUCUUGCUUUGCUUCCGCUCUUCUCUGAAGCUACAGUGACCUCCCGCAUCGCAUUCACAGCUGCAUCCCCGCUCACAUCGCUUUUCGUGCAUUGGUUUGUUGGAACUUGUUACAUGUUCCAUUUCGCCCUCUUUGUUUCUAUGUGCAGAAAGAUUCUCAGGAGCGGUGUUCUUUAUUUCAUCCGUGAUCCCGACGACCCAACUUUCCACCCGAUACGUGAUGUCCUCGAACGCACUAUCACUACCCAGCUCCGGAAGAUUGGUUUCAGUGCCCUUGUAUACGGGGCGCUGGUUAUCGUUUGCUUAGGAGGCGUUGUCUGGGGCUUGCAUUUUGCACUCGAUGGAGUUCUCCCCAUCCACUGGUCAGCCAGUGCCCCCAUGCUUGAAUUUCCGGUUGAUCUUUUAUUCUACAACUUUGUAUUGCCGGUAAUCAUUCAAUCGUUCAAGCCCUCGGAUGGGUUUCACGAUAUCUACAAUUGGUGGUUCCACAAGUGUGCCCAUUUCCUUCGUCUCAGCAACUUUUUCUUCCCGGAAAGACAUCCAGAAGAAGAAGGCUACCACGUCCGGAAGACUUGGUGGGCCGUUCUCUCAAGAAGCAAGGGUGAUUGGCAACACCCGGUUGUUGGAAAUGAUCAGCUGGCUGCAGCUGAACGGGAAAAUCGCGAGGUCUACUUUUUGCGAGAUGGCCGAUACGUGCGUGCCCCUGGCUCUGAUCAAGUUCGCAUUCCAAAAGGCACCAACGUUUUCCUUGAGGUUACCGAGAACAAUGAUCGAAUUGAUAUGAAGCAUGAUCCUGCAGACGGUCUACAUGGCCGAUCCAGCAGCAUGUUUACCAAAGUUUAUGUCCCCCCGUCCUUCCGGACCCGCAUCGCUGCCUUCAUCCUUCUCAUUUGGUUAUUUGCUGCUACCACCGGAGUAGGCAUCACUAUUAUUCCUCUAAUCAUUGGUCGGAAGAUCAUCAUGUCCUACUCGUCCACCCAGGCACCAGUGAACGACGUUUACGCAUUUUCAAGUGGUCUCUGUGUGGUUGGUGCAUUUGCCUACUUGGCAUACUACUCCGGCACCGCACUUGAUUUUGUGCGAGAGCAUUCAGGCGGAUACAUUCGUUCCCCCCGCCAGGCAGCCCAGACCAGUCUUGACCUUAUGCUACACGCAGCUCGGCUUCUUUACGUAUUUAUCGUUGCCGUUAUUGUUCUCCCGUCACUCUUCGCACUUCUCACUGAACUAUAUGUACUCAUUCCAGCGCACACAAUCAUCGGUGACGGUGAGUCACAUGUUGUUCACGUUGUUCAAGACUGGGCACUAGGGGUAUUAUAUGUCCAAAUGGCUGUCAAGUUGACUUUUUGGCAACCCCAUUCUUGGGUGGCAGCUGCGGUCAACAGUGUUUUCCAUGAUGGUUGGCUGAAACCAAACGUGAGUAUUGCCACUCGUGCCCUCGUCCUUCCAAUCAUUCUCUUCGCCUCGGUUGCGAUCGCAUUGCCCCUGUCAUUUGGAUUCAUUGUGCGCUGGACAAUGUUCUACUCGCAUGUCGAGGUGCAGCCUAAUAUCUAUCGCUAUGCAUAUCCCACCACACUUUUGAUUGUGUUGUUUGCAUUUACAGUGCAUCUACUUAUCAAACGAGUGGCGGUCUGGCGUACCAAUAUUCGCGAUGAAGUCUAUCUCAUCGGCGAACGACUGCACAAUUUCAGCGAAAAACGAGCACGGGAUGUCGGUGUGUCGCGAAUGAUGACAGGAUGA